AUGUUGCUGCCGGACCAAACGUACGAGCAGGCGAGCCUGCGCCAGGAGCGCCAUCGACGACUGCCCGGCUGCGAUGAUGAAUUCGGUCGGCUGCUCGCACUGAAGCAGACCCUCGUCGGUGACGUGCGCCGGAGUCUGGGUGGGGCGGGUGACGCGGAGCAUCUCUUCGGAGACACGCUGAGCGCGAAUAAUGAGAUGAAAUUCGGUGGUACCCCGGACGACGGUGCGUUGGGUAGUGGCAGCAGCAGUGGGGUCGGAAGCUCCGGGACCCGCGGACGAACCCGCUCGCAGACGCUCGAUGUGCGGUUGACAAAGGCAGGACCACGCACUGGAAACGACACCUCGGUGUACCUGGACGUGGAGAGCAUCUGGAGUCGGCCAGCUUCGGUGAUGGCAAAUCCAGGGCCACCAGGACCAGGUUCGAACAGUCUGCAGAGGGCACCACCGGCGCAGGAGGGCUCCGGUAGGACCGAUCAAGGGAUCGGUCUCGGAUCAGUGAGUUCUCCGUGUUCUAGCUUGAGUUACUCCAGUGAUUCGAGCGACGACGCGGCCGGCCGAGGGAAUCGCCGGAGCAGACGCGCUGGAAAGCAGGAAGCGAAACCAACCAUCACCUCACCAAAUAAGCAGCCGUUGGCGAUGGCCACGGAACGUGACGAUUACGAGCGGACGUCGGACUUCUUCAACAACAUUCCCGAGUUCCAGGGGGAAGCCCUCGGUCCGUUCAGUAUCGCGGGCAAGGGAGCGGAACCGGACUGGGGUAGCAUCCGGACGAACGUGGACAUCCUGCGGGCCUGCGAGCUGUUCCUGAUGCAUCACCGGAUACGUCCCGAUUUCUUCUGCAAGUACAAGAAGGCCAUGAAUCCGUCCGCUUCGGCACCGGCCUCGUUUCCGUUGUCCCGCUCCCGGACACCGAUCGCGGUGCGGAAGCCCAAAAGUGCCUCCCCAUCGAUGCAGAGGCCCGCGUCCCGGGCUCAAGGAUCGGCGCGACCGGCUGGCCCCGAUCGAAGUCCAGCGACCGCCGCGGCUGGAGGCGGAGGGCCAAUCUACAGCGUGCCAAAUCGGGCCGGCAAAAAACGUCGCCCUAAUGCCGUCUACUAA